AUGGCGCCGUGUUAUCCUUGUCGCGGAAAGGAUAAAAUGAAAACUUCUGUCCGAAUCAAGAAUCAGCGGAUCAGUACGUCAGGGAACUCCCGACAGCCGCCAGUUGAACGGGCUAUUCCGUCCGUCACAUUGGUUCAGUCAGUUAAGGUGCAGGAUCAAUCAGUACAACAGGCUGCUAGAGGUGGUGGUAGACAAGCAGGACUUGACGACUAUAAUCCAUUUGAACAAGAUAAUCAGACCAAACCAGCUGCUGGGGAAGAACGUAAGGGAUUGCUAACUGAGACAACUGGACAGACUAUACCAGCUCCACAGCCAUCACCAGCCAUCAUGCAGCCUUCAAACGACCCACCACCUUACUCUCAAAGUUCCGCCCAGAGGGUGGACACGUCAGAGCUGGAGAGAAGACAACAGGAACUUGAAAAGAAAGCAGAAGAGCUAGCAAGGAAAGAACAAGAAAUGAAGAACAUGCAAUUCCAAGAUCGGCAGAAUAACUGGCCACCUUUACCAAAAUGGUUCCCAGUAGGACCGUGUUUUUACCAGGAUUUCUCUGUUGACAUACCAUUAGAAUUCCAAAGAACUGUCAAAUUUGUCUACUAUAUAUGGAUGUUUUAUGGUUUCACAUUGUUCCUGAACUUCUUGGGCAGCUUAGCUUACUUCAUAGUAGAUUCUGAUGGUGGUGCUACAUUCGGACUGUCUAUUCUCUGGUUAAUUUUAUUCACACCGUGUUCAUUUAUUUGCUGGUAUAGACCACUAUAUAAAGCUUUCAGGAGUGAUAGCUCAUUCAACUUUUUCGUGUUUUUCUUCAUAUUUUUCUUCCAAUUCUGUACUUGUAUUCUGAUGUGUCUAGGAAUAACAGAUAUCUCAGUUGGUAUCAUAGGAGGACUUGGAACGGUCGGGGAUAAUGUGGCCGUCGGCCUCAUCAUGAUAUUUGUCGGUAUAUUUUUUGGGAUAGUGUCAGUGCUCUGCUUUGCCCUUCUUGUGAAGGUGCAUAGAAUCUACAGAAGUACUGGAGCCAGUUUUGCUAAGGCACAACAAGAGUUUGCCACUGGAGUGAUGAAGAAUGAGGCAGUACAGAGUGGAGUGCAAAACGCAGCCUCGUCAGCUGCCCAAGGAGCCGUCAGAGGUGCCGCCUCUCAGUAUGGCACUGGCGGAAAAUACUAAGUCAUUAGACUGUUAAACCUACGAGUGUGAUUCAUAGUGUGACUUAAGUGAGUGAUUAAAACUUAAAACAAUUAGGGAAAGGGGAAGAAGCCAUGUAGAAGUUUUACGAUUGGAAGACACUGCUUAUGAAGAAAACUUAAAUAAGGCUGGUAAAUAGGCAAAGGGUAGCACAUGCGCUUAUCUGCUAGUUGGUAUAAGUUAAGUGUAGAAUUUAGACAAAAAAUCUUACUUUAUAGAAAUUAUUGUGAUAACAGUUUUAUUCAACUGUUAGUAAAACUUGUAUGAAGUGUUUGUUAUUUAUGAAAGUUUUAUUCAUUAUAGACACAUAUUGAUGGCUAUUUUAUUGAUGUUACAGAACAAAGAGUGAAUCCAUUAAUUACUGCAAAAAAUGCAAAGUGCACUAUUAUUGCAUCCAAUUUGCAGCAGGAGAAUUUUAAGUGUUACAAUGGUAUUAGUCCAUACCAGUUUAUUGUUUUAUUUUUGUGUUAAAAUGUGUUUAUUCUGUAAAGACUGUGAGAUGAUACUGUGGAAAACUCACACAUGUUUUUUUUGUGUACUGAUGAUUUUGUCAUCAUUGUGUAUUAAUAUUUCUUAAGCAGUGCUCGUGAGUAGAGGUGACUGUUGAGACUUGUUUUGCCUAUUGUAAUAUUAGUAUUACUAUCUAAAAGACUUGCAGUAUUUUUGAUAUUGCAGCAUAACUGUUGUUGAUACUACUGCAGCUGCAAUAAUUGAUGGCAACUCCUAAAACUAGAGACAAAAAUAUCAGAAACCUUAAUAGAAGAUUUUAUUCUGAUGAAUGCUUCCCUUACAUUUUAGCCUGCAUGCUUAGUUCAGUAGUGAGAGCACAGAUCAAGGGGUCAUAAAUUCCAUCCUCGGGCGAGGCAUAUGCUCUUUGUGAUGAUUUGAUAUAAGACAUUGUGUAUGAAAUCAUUUGUUCUCCAUCGCUGAUUCAAGUUUGGAAGUCGGCAGUUGUUUGCGGAGAACAGGUUUGUACUGGUACAGAAUCCAGCAACACUGGUUAAGUUAACUGCCCACCAUUACAUAACUGAAAUAAUGUUGAAAAAUGGCACUAAACCUAAACAAACCUUACAUUUUAGACCUGUAGUUUGAAGGAACUUAAAUGAUAAGUGAUAGGAAAUUGCAGAGAAGUACAUGUUGCAGUCCAUUGCAAUUAGUUUUAUUGUUAACACCUCUAUUCUCGAGUGAUUAUAUGGAAAUAGGAAGCAGUGCUUUGUUAAAAACCAUUCCACAUUUAUCAUGUUGUCAUAGAAAUCAAUUUGUAGUUAUUUGUUUUAAUUUGCACAUGCUUGUGUAUUUCUUAACAACAUUGAUGUAGUUGAUGGCUUGCUACUGCUUAGUAAAACAAUUUUCUGAGAUUGAAUGUUAUUAGAUAUAGUAUUUCAUUAAUGUAUUUAAUCGUUACCAUUUCAGAAACUCUGUUCUUCUUGCACCUUUUCAUAAAACAUUCUGAAUGUUUGAAUUAAUGUGUACUGGAAAUCAAUAUUUUUUAGAAGCUAAGGUGUGGACCACUGCUAACCAUAACAUUAUAGGAAAUACACUUAUUAAUGUUCGUCACUUUUUGUACUUCAGCUAGAGUAAUUGAAGAACUAUGCUUCCUUUGUGAAAAAUUAUGAGCAGUUCAGGCAAAUGCAUUUAGUUUGAAUGUACAGUGUUACAGUUUAAGUUAAUUGCAAUAUUUUACAAAAUCUUUAUUGCCCGUCUUUAUAUGACUGAAAAAUUGUUCAAAAAGACGUUAAACCCAAACACAAUUACUUUAUUGCAGAUAUAAUACACAUUUAAAGAAUUUAUUAGAGGAAGAGUUACUCAGCUGUAUCAUAGGCAGCAAUAUUACUUGACUCGUUUGUUAAAUUGCUGGUCAAGAGUUUGUGCAAUUAACCGGUCUGUACUUCAACAAAUUUCACUGCGUUAUAGGCAAAAAUUGAAGGGGAAAAAAAGACUAUUUUGGAAUCCAUUGGUAACAUUUUGUGAUAAAACUAUUGAAUGGCGUGCCAGUCAGUAGUCAAAAUGAUUAACCCUUUUGACCUUGGGCAAUAAUUUGACUAUUGACUGGAUAGCCAUUGAGUAAGUUCAUACUGCCAUAAAGCAGUAUUAUUGGUAAAAUAUAGAGCAAGACAGCUCAGAGAAUAUUUCUUAAGCCUGAAUGAACACUAACUGCAUUUCUCAAUACACAAGUCUUAUGCAGAGCCUUGGUCCCAUUUAAAACACAAAAGUGAAGGACAAAAAAGUAUUUUAUGAUCAAUGAAUUAUAUCAGUUUUAUACAAGUUACAUGUGUGUAUGUUAUAUUGUCAUAAUGUGCAAUUUCUGUAUUGUUUAUAUUCUACACUUUGUUAAUGGUAACACAUGAGAGCAAUACUUGUGUGUAGCAAGUUCUGGAUAUAAAAUGAUUUGUUAGAGUAAUAUGAAUACAACUAAUUUGUGCUUUACAAAACUAGCUAAAAACAAUCAAAAGGCUACAAAAUGCAAACAUCUCAAAGCUGCAUGUCUUCAAAUACAUUUUUCCCCCAAAAAUUUAGAAAAUGCCUUAUUUCAACAGAAAGUAACUUUAUAGCGAUUUCUUGCAUAAUUUGAAUUUUCUGGCUACAGUAACACAACUUAAAACCUGAGAAGCACACACCAGUUUUUUUUUAUCCUAAAUGAUAAUUCAUUUAUAAAUUUUAAUUAUUUAUUCAUGCUACUACCAACUUUGCUACUACCAACUUUGGCACAUGUAGAAAUUGUUGACAGCUGAUAGAAAUAAGAUUGUUGUUUCAGGUGGAACAGUCCUUUAAUCAAUGCAAUAUUUUAUCAUUGCUGAAUGAAUUCUCUAUCCAAAGGGCCAUUUAUUGAUUUCUUGUAAUAUUAUUUAUCUAAAACUGCGACUUAACCACUUCAUUGUAACAAAAACAUACAAAUUACUGAACAAAAGUCAUUCAUAUACUGUAGCUUUAUAAAUUGAAAUAUACAAAUUGUAAUGUUAAUUUUAGUUUACAGAUUAUAUAUAAUGUCUGGUAUAAUUUGGGCAGUGUAGAUUUGGACUUUUUGGGUGCUUUUAUCUUGUAACUAUUGCAUAGUUCAUCAUUUAUGUAUACAUAUGAAGACUCGAGCUGGUUGUAAUUUUUACAUAAAACUGUUGAAUAUUCACACCGAUUAUGAAUUCAUAUAUUGCACUGAUCGCGGAAAUUGUCAAAAAAUAAAAACAAGGAAGCGAAUAAAACUCAAUCAGCAGUAAUUAGAAUUUUCAUUUCGUAUAAUCAUUAAUUCUCAAGAAUAAAUGGUUUAACUUGUUACACCAGCAUAUUUGGGACCAAUGAUAAUAAAUGCAUGAAUGAUUUUUUUUAUAUAUAUACUGUAUAAUACAUAUGAAAAUGAUAUUGAGGAACUGAAGGUAUAAUUGUCAAAGUGUUUGAAAGUUAAUUGGGAUUUUUAUUUAUUUUGUGAGUGAAGGUUAUUUAUGAUAUGUAGAUGUUAUACUUGGUACAAGUAUCAAAUUCCUGUCAUUUAAUAAUUAUAAGUUGUGGGAAUAUAAAACCUGUACAUGUAUAGCUUUGCAAAAUUAUUUGAAACCCACCCACUUCAUAGUUGUUGUAUUUACCCUAAUAUUUUAGGUGAAGUAGAUUGUCAUUAAGAAACAUGUUACAACUGUACAUUUUAGCAAAUGAAAAUGAAGUUACCUUUGAUAAACACUUAUGGUUUGGAUUGCAUUAUUUAGCUGUAGUGACGUAGUGUAACGUAAUGUUCCAUCCAGCGACUAAAUUUUAUGUGAAAACUUCUGCUUAUCAGUGGUUAAGGAGUUUGGUCUGUAGUGUAGAGCAUGUAUCUCCUACUUGAACAAAGAGCUAUCUGUUGUCAUGCUUCCUUUAAUUGUAUUUCUUAUUGUUUUUGUUUUGAAAUUUUAGACCAAAGAUGUACUGAAACUUGCCAUGUCAUUGAAAUACUGUUCAAAAAUGAAAUGGCAAAACACUCCACAAAAAGGAAAAAAUAAGAGGUUAAAAGCUUACUUGUAUUGCUGUAAAAAUGUACUUAUUAAGUUAAAAUGUGGUACAUGUACUAUCAAAACAUUUUCUAAAGCUUUUAAAUCUAGAAAGCUGUGUUUUUGUAUUGAUUCAAGAUAGUAAGAUUGAUUCAAGAUAGUAAGUAACAAGUUUUUUCUUGGAACUGUGUAAGUCACGAUUUUGUAGACGUAACAAAAUCACAAGUUUUUAUCCCAAAAUCAACGUGCUAGUUGUUACCUGCGUGUCAUCUUAGCAUGAUUCUUUGAUAUUACUUUGAAAUAAAGUGUUUCAAAUUCUCCACAUGUCAAGGAAACAGUUUAACAGUAAGGAUGGUGAAGUCAUUGUUAUAUUUUGUAUGUUGUUGAGUUUUCAGUAGAUCUAUUUUGUAUGCCAAAUGUUAUAGAGUGCAUCAGAACCAUAAUUAACAAUCGUUUCUUUGCUUCAUUUCAUCUUAUUUUGUUCUGAGGCCUGUCUUACUUACUAAUUCGGAUUUUGGAGAUGUAAUUAUAGAAAGACAAAAAGUGCUUGUGAAAAACAAAACUGUUUGCACUCUUGUUCACACACUUCUACAGAAAUUCUGAAAACAUAUCUAAGCUUUGCCAGUGGAAAUGUAAGCACUGGAUAUGGAGGAAACUCUUAUUAAUUAAUACUUUAAUUUUUACUUGUAAGUGUUAGAUAUACAUGGAGUCAUUUCUCUUUGAAAAUCUGAUACUGUUAUGUCAGUAACAGGGUACUGCCAAGUACAUACUGAUAUUCUAUACAAGCAGCUUCAUGCUCUUUUUUUCUGUGUCUGUUGUAUUUUAAAACAAAAGAAAUUGAUCCCAGAUGUAUACGAAUAUUCACUCUUGUAUUAUGUUGUAAUUAUCUCUUUUUUAUGUUUUUGUUGAGCAAUAUGUAUAAAUCAUUCAAGAAACUCAUAA